AUGCUAUCUUCCAGCAACGUGGACCUUCUGGAAUACGGGCGUGAAGAAAAGCACAUGUCCAAGCAAGGCCUUACGAAUAUCCGGCAGCGAUGGGCCCCUUGGACAAAAGACUGUUUUGGGACAACUCGAUUAUCUGUUAUCGGCAUCACCUAUGGUUCUUGUCCAAGCCACUGGAAGCUGUGGUGGACAUAUGAGUACGAAGAUUAUGCAGGAGAGUUCUGGGACAUGGUCCAGGACGAGGCGAGCAAGGUACCUGGUGCCUGGGUUGAUGACUCUUGGGAUCCAGAUGACUACGAUUCUGAGGAGCAUGACAGGUGGGAAGCAUGGGAAAAGGAGCAGCCCCCUCCGUUGAUUUGGUCCGAGUAUCGCAGAGUUCGGCCGCCAGUCUAA